AUGAGUCAAUCACAACAGUCACGCGGGGAGGAUGAGGAUGAGGAUAUGCAUGAAACGACACAAUAUGACCUCCAAAGUGAAGAGGAUAUCACGAGGCAUGAGUCAUCACCAACGACAACACCAUUAUCGUUCUCAAUAACGAAAUCCCCUUCAGCUGCCGACAUACUACAGCCAUUAUCGACGCUUGCAGCGCAGCGCUCAUUCCCUUUACCGACUAGUGGGUCACUUGCAUCGCUAGCGAGAGGGCACCAACGCGAUCCUGCAGAUGGGAGGCGAAUCGAUCACGAUUUUGCAUCUGCUACAAGCGGUGCUACUAGUAUCAGUACUGGCACUGGCAGCAGCUGGAUGCAUGAGCGGCUGCUCCAAUCGGAUUCCACUGUCGACGCCACAACCACGACUGAUCUUGACGAUGUUGGUGCUAGUUCUAUUACUACCAGUGCAGCGGUGCGAGAUUUUACGACUAUGGUAUGGGCAUCUUCGACGGCUGCGGCAGUAGCAGAAGAGACAAAAGAGGCAGCAGAAUCUACGACGGAAAGCAAGCCGAUACAUCGCAGCGUUUCGGCAUAUUCUUCUUCUCCGUUCUCGUCACCUGGCUCUUCGCUCGUAGAAGGAUCUUCAGGCCCUUUCGAAGAAGAGCAAGACGACCAAACCAUCUUCCUGUCUCCAUUUGCAUCGAUAUUCCCCGACGGAGCGAAUACUAUAACUCCAUUGUUUCUACAAAGAUUUGACGACGACAGCAACAACGACGACGCAGCAGAUGCAGAUCAGCGGACAAUUCUCAAGUAUACCUUCAAUCACGACCAAUCCAGUCAAUCCGAAGAAGAAUACGACCGCCUGCGAGGCCUCGCGCGUGAAGAAGCCAACAAGCGCAACAACUGUUUUGAACGGAGUAAACAAGCCUACGAAAACGGCGAUGGAGCCCGCGCCAAACAACUCUCGGAAGAAGGCAAAGAGCACGGUCGCCGCAUGCAAGACUACAACAAACAAGCCUCCGAAUUCAUAUUCCGCGAAAACAAUGCUUCGGGUAGAGUAGCGGAGGACACGAUUGAUUUGCAUGGCCAGUUUGUCGAGGAGGCAGAGGAUAUUCUCGAGGAGCGGAUUAAAUAUGCGCGUCAACAUGGGCAGACGCAUUUACACGUGAUCGUCGGAAAAGGGAACCACUCCGCCAACCACGUGCAAAAAAUCAAACCCCGAGUUGAACAAGUCUGUCGCGAACUGGGGUUGCAAUAUGCUACUGAAGAGAACGCCGGGAGAAUGUAUAUCAAUUUGACGGGUGGUCCGGCUGAAAUGCCGCCUUACCAACAACAACAACAUCAACAACAUCAACAACAGCACCAGCAACAGCCCCAUUACGGCGGUGGUGGGUAUCCCGGUCAACAGCAACAGCAACAGCAGUAUGGCCAGCAAUAUGGCCAGCAGCAAGGACAGCAACAGGGCAAACAGGACGAUAUCGAGGCACUUGUUGAAAAGGUUCUGCCUAGGGUGUUGCGGAAGCUUGGUGAUUGUUGUAUUGUUAUGUAA